AUGGAGCUCGGCUGGAAGAUCAGGACAACUGCCGCUGCAAACAAAAGCCUGGUUCCGUUGUCGCGAGAUGAGGCGAGGUUAGAUCCGCUGUUGGGUGCCACCAUUCGCAAGAUCUUCGGGUCACAGUGGUACUACGGACAGGUCAUUGCCAUUGAUGCGGAUGUGGCAUCUGGUGAAAGGGCUUAUCAUGUGGCCUAUGAGGACGGAGACGAAGAGCACCUCAGCUCUGUCGAAGUCAAGCACUUCCUGGCAGCAGCCGCGCGCUCCGCUCGACCUUCGGAGGCUGGUCGCUCCACGCGGCCCUCAGCAGCAGGCACCCCGCGGCCCAGCUUGGCUCCGAUGCCCUCGGUGAGACCGUCACGAGGUCCGGCACGUCCUGCUCCGAAGCCAAGUUGGGGAAGAAGCCUCGGAGAGGUCAAGUUCGCCUCUGUGGGCCCAGCCCUCGCAGCAGUUGCGAUGGGCUUGGUCAUGGUACUCGGCUCCAUGUGCCUGACCUGUUUGGCAAGUAGCCUUUACCGUGCCGGAGACGGUGACGUCGUUUCCGAGCUCAGGCCAGACAGUCUUGGCACACAUUUACCUCCUUGGGCACAAGCCGCCCCACCGGAGGUGCCGGCUGUGUCGGCUCAUUUGCCCCUGCCCUCGGUGGAGGAUGUAGUGGAGCUCGCUCCACCCAAGGAGCCUCGUGUUCCGAUCCCCCCGGAGCGAGAGACAGCGAGCGAGAUCGUGACAGAUGACGUUGAGAUCUUCGUGGACGUGCCAAGCCAGGCAGACGACACCACGAGCGCGUUGCACACGAGCUUGCUAAACGAGGCAAGCUACGCUGAGCAUCUGGAGCCGGCAGGAGGAGGUGCAGAGGCUGAGUCGGUCGCGGUGCAGACGGCAGAUGACGAGCUAGCUGCUGCUGCUGCCGCGCUCGUUGAGGCUUCCGGUUUGGUCGUGCGCGUGGCUGGGCGCGCGUUUGUCCGCAUGCUGGAGGAGGCCUGGCAUUCUCUUCUUGGCGGUGUGUCUGCCACACUCUGCAGUGCCGUGGGAGUUUCAGGUUCGCAGUCCACGGAAGCUGAGCCGCUGGGAGCCAACGACGAGGCCGGCAGUGCAGGCCUGGAGUCGCUGAUGACGUCGGCAUUGGUGGCCUGUGCUGGUGCCAGGGCCUUGAAGGGAGCGAACCUCACUGCCAGCGAUGACCUGGGUGGUGGCGGUUCGCGCACUGCGAUGAGCACUCGAAUGACUCAAUGGGAUGAUGUCAUGGAUGGGUGUAUGAUGAGUGCCUUGCGGAAGUCACUGCAAGGACUUUGCAAGGAGGACAUGGGUGUCAAUCAGAAAUGGUGUGAGAUCAAACUGUUCCCGCCACCACUGUACGACGGUGAGCUGGAGAAAUGCGAAGAUGGGCAUGCGAAGAAAGUGAGCCCAGACAGUGCCUUUCGCCCGAUUGACAAGCCUGAGCCGAGGGACGCCAUCCAGCGCCGUCCACCGCCACCUCCCCCUGUGAGCUUGACCGUCGAGCCAGCACCCCAGCAGAUGCCGCCGCAAGCUGAGAGCCGUGUUUGUAAGGUUGAGAAGCCACGCCAAGACUACACCGCAGCCGCAGCCUGCUCCUUUAUCCAAGGAGGACGCUUGCGCCCGCUGUGGGUCAGCGCUUCCUGCAGACGACAACUUCUGUCGGCACUGCGGGCAGCAGAGGGGCAAGAGGCUGGCCGAGCAAAGUCCAAGCAGGCGGACAAAUCGCGAUUUCGCCACACGAAGGCACUGAGCAAGCUGAAGGAGCUGGGUUAUGACGAUAGCGAGGAAGUUCGAGUCUUGACGAAGUGUAAUGGAGAUCUGAAUGCUGCUUUGAGAGAGAUCACCGGUCCCGGCACCCGUGCGGCAGGGGCAGAGGAAGGAGAGUCCCAAAAGUCGCCCUCCUUUCGAGCUCGAAAGCCUGCGGACGACAAAGAGAAAGCCGGGGUGGGGAAAUGGAACGGCCGGGUCUCUGACUUGACCAUGAAGGAGUACCGCGACAUGAAGUGGGGCAUGGAUGCAGUGGCCUCAGCUUCACCAGCUCAAGCUCGUUUAGAGACGCCGACACCGACAGGAGCAAAGUUUGGCUCCGAGACGCUCCAAGUGAACGAUGAGGAUCCUUUCAUGACGUGGAUGCUUUCUCAGUCCCUGCUCGUGCUGGCAGGACUUGCGAAAGAGUUGGACGGCUUCAACCCGGAGAAGGUCUGCUGCAACACUGAGAGCGUCGACUACUUGCUGCAUUGUGCGAAUGCAUCUGCGAUCGCACCCACCACGAGUCACAUACACGUGACGAGUUUGGCCACGCGGGAGAUUCACAGUUACGCAGUGUUUUCAGCAGCUAUCAAUGCAGCGCAUGCAAAAACGUUUGGCAACAGCUUCCAGCUGGCUACAAGCAGCUUCGGAUUGGGAUCCGAUCUGAAGCUGCUUUGGAGGGCUGGAAAUGUCGCCACCAUAUUGGAAGCAUUGAAGGUUGUUCCUGGGGCCAGCUGGAUUGCGUACCUCGAUGCCGAUGCAAUUCUUGUUGACUUUAGCAAGGAUGCACUGGCUGAUGUGGUGCGAGCGCACUCGACGAAGGAAACACGCUUGAUGGUGAGUCGUGGGGAGCUCAUCGGACCAGGGACCUCAAGCAUGUUCAACUCGGGCUUCUUGCUGGUCAGACAGCAUCCGUGGGCCUACGACUUCGUCCAGCUGUGGCUGUCACAACUUUCUUCGUCCAACGCCAACGACCAAGAAGUGUUGGAGCAGCUUUACCGGCAAGACGCCCUGGGCUGCCGGCGGCACAUGGCCAUUCUCCCCAUGGGCCUGGUCUACAGCGAGAUCGGGAACCCCGUCUCUGGGCCACCUGACCAGCAGCAUGUGGUCCACCUGGCGGGAAUCCCCGACGAGGUUCGGAUGGGUGUCUUCUCGGCCUUCUGGAAAGAUCUUUGUGGGAUCAACCCAUCGAUGGCCUUGCCGGGCAGCCUCGGGCUCCGGCAAGCCUACCUCGAGGAGAUGGCAUCCUUCGUGAGCCAAGGAGAUGCCCCAGCAGAAGCGGUGUGUCAGUCGCCUACGAGCAUGCGACAAUGCUUGGAGGCUGCGGAGCGCUUGGCGUACGGGCUUCAUCUGGAUGGCCGACAGCAGGAAGCUGUCCACUGGGCUGCUGGGGCUCUGUCGGGACGCGAGCAGCACCUUGGCACCUUGGAUGAGGACACGCUGGCCAGCCGGAGCACCCUUGCCACAGUCAUGGAGGCUGCCGGCCGCAAGGAGGAGGCGUUGGCCUUCUCUAUGGCGGCCUGGGAGGGUCGCAAGGUCACCUACGGGCCAAAUCACCGUGCCACGAUGCUGAGCACUGCUAGGCUUGGAUCACAGAUGCUGGCGCACAGCAGGCUGGAGGAGGCUACCGUGUUCCUCCAGGCAGCACAGCAGGCCGACAUCUUGGGACCACAGCACUCGAGCAGCAUCUCCACAGCUGCUGCUCUGGCACUGGCUUACGCCAAGCAAAGUCGCUACACGGAAGCGCUUGCACUUUAUCGGCGCACCGCCCGUGCGGCUGCGGAAGACCUUGGCAAACAUCAUGCGACGACCUUGGAUUUGCGGCUGGGGGUGGCGGACACCCUGCGGCAGAUGGGUCAGCAUGACGAAGCAGCCACCACAGGUGCACGCCUUGUGAGGACACAGCGCAGGAAGCUGAAGACGCAACCCUCACGCAGUGACCAGUUGCGUCUGGCACGUGCCCUUGAGCUGGUUGCGGGCACCCGGGUUGAAAAGCUUCCGAAGCGUCUGAAGCUCAUAGAAGAGGCAGCCGAGGUCUAUGCCAAGUUCGGCAUCAUGUCCUCCCGCAUCUCGGUCCUGCGCUCCGGCGCUGACAUGCUACAGGCCAACGGGCGCAGCUCGGAGGCGGAGAGCUGGUUCCGACGAGCCCUGGCGGAUGCUGAAGGCAUUCCCAGCGACACGGAGAAAGGCCUUGCCUCUGCAGUGGCGUCGGCAGCCAACAAUCUGGCCAUGCUGCUUCGCAGUCGCGGAAAGGGUGCUGAGGCUGAGGGGCUGCUGCGGCGUGCUGCGCAAGGCUUUGCAAAGGAACAUCAAGCUGCGGAGCUGAGGCCAGGCCGGCCCGGGCUUCGUUUCUGUGAAACCACCAACGUCCUGACAGGGCAUUGGGGAACCUUGCAGACACUCUGA